UUACUGGUGGCGCCAAUUUGACAGUUCAUGUGUCUGCGGUCCUGUCAAGUUUGCACCGACGUCCGAAACAUAAAUUCCAAUUUGCCUAUUUAAAUGCACGGCAAGAUGUUGGCAGUUUGUUGAUUCGAACUAGAAUUACGUUUGUCGCAUGACUUGAUUUAAUUAAAUUCGAUUAAGACACGAUGGACACACGGGGAAGGAAACUAUCCACCCAAGGGGAAUCCCUGUACGAGAUCCUGGCUCUGCCCAAAACCGCCACAGCUGAAGAAAUCAAGAAGACGUACAGACGUUUAGCCCUCAAGUUCCAUCCGGAUAAGAAUCCGAACAAUCCAGAAGCCGCCGACAAAUUCAAGGAGGUGAACAGGGCGCAUUCGAUCCUCAGCGAUGCAACCAAACGGAAUAUUUACGAUAAUUACGGCUCGUUGGGUCUGUACAUCGCGGAACAGUUUGGCGAGGAAAAUGUCAAUGCCUACUUUGUUGUCACGUCCACUUGGUGCAAGGCACUGUUCGUGUUUUGCGGAAUCAUAACAGGCUGUUACUGCUGCUGUUGCAUGUGCUGCUGCUGCAACUUUUGCUGUGGCAAGUGCAAACCCAGACAUCCGGAGGACAGUGGUGAUUAUCACAAUCUAAAUCGUGAGAAUGCCGAAGGUGGAUCAGGGCAACCGAUCACGCAACAGCCCCACAAAUUGGAGGAUGGAAGUGACGAGGAUUUCGUCGGACUGGCGGAGGGAAGUCCUCCAGUGACCUCGCAACCAUCUCCGAGCAGGAAUGCGCAACCCGUGUUCGCAAUGCCCGCUCCACCAUCCGCGAAUAACGAAAGUGCCGCUCUGAAUCAAGGUGAUCAUCCUGUCUAUACACCUGGGAUGACCGGCGGAACGUCGACACAAAGCAGCUGGUAGUUAUUUUUAAGUUUUUUUUUUGUCUCCACUAUAUAUUAAUAAAACGAAGGAAAGAUUUAAAAAGAAAAAAAAAGAAAAAUCAUCCGUCUUGUUUCUAUUGAUGAUAUAUGAAACUAAAACUAACGUUGUUUAAACGAGGAGAGAAAAGAAACAAAACAUAUUUGCGGCACGUAAAAUUAAUAAUCGAGAAUUUCCC